GAGUCCGUGUUUCAGGAACAGUGCGAGGGCCUCAUGGAAGAGGAAUCGGAGGGCGAGGAAGGGCAGGGCAGCCCACCAGGACCCCUGGAGCAGGAUCCGCAGGCCGUCUCCGACGAAGCCUCCCCUCUCUUCACAGCAACGGUGGUCAGAGAAAAGAAAACGGAGCAGCAGCGCAAGAAAGAAAAAGCCGCCAAACGGUUGAAAGCCCGCGAGCUGUCGGAGAAGGCCGCCCGGCUGAGGAAGCAGGAGCUCUUUCAGUUGAAAUCCAUCCGGCUGCAGCUGAAGCAGCGGGAGGCCGAGCUGCAGCGCCGGAAGCAGAGGCGCGAAGCCAAGCGGAAACUGGAGGCCAUCAAGCCCAAACGGCUGGGGAGGCUCAAUGGUGUCCGAUGAUGAGACCCAUCCUUGCGCUCGGAGAAUUUGCAGCAGCCGUUGCUGGGAAUGUGAAGGACCCCAGGGGAGCCCCUGGUCCUACCGAGUGGGUAAGGAUCAGGGAACUGAGGCACCCUCCUGCACCACCACCCCCAUAUCCUCCCUUUUCAGCAUGGAGGGCUGGCUUACCCGUUUAGCGAAUGGGCAACAUUUAAAAGCACAAUUACGGGCCAAUGUGGAACCUCCCAUUUGCAAAUUUCAAAAAGUAGGAUUUAUUUUUUACAUAUUCCGAACCUGACGGAGUCGCCUACAGAAAGUCUCCGGGCUUCCCCCUGAUCUGGGCUCCAAAGGGUUUUGCAAAAGGAAAGUUUUAGAAGUCAAGGACUGUACGGUAAAUUGGGUUUCCUCCCUCCCUUCCUCCUC